UCUCGAAACUACAGUAUGAAGAUGUUCAUGGUACUCCUCCUUGUUGGUCUGGUGGCUGCUGACCCCCUCCCCGGUGGAACAGUGUGUGAUGUCUGUAAAGCUGGUGUCAGUCAGCUCCAGGGUUUACUCUCUGACAGUCUUGUGAACAAAGUGAAGGGUGGAGUUUCUUUGGUCUGCUCCUUCCUCUUUUUCGAUGAGUGUGCAGACAAAGUAAACGCAGUUAUUGACUUUGUGGUAAACUACAUCAAAUCUAUUGACGCUCACGAGCUGUGUUCCAAGAUAGGCAACUGUGACGAUGAGGACUUGCCUGAACCUGUUGUUGAGCUCGUUGGUGACGAGGAGAGUUGCAACAAAUGCGUAGCUGAGUACGAGAAGAUCAUCAGUAUCAUCACAGAGAACCCACAAGUCAAGUCCACGAUCAAGACAGUCCUAAGCGCCAUCUGCUUCCUUCCCAUCGACAAUUGUUCACAGCUGAUUGAGGAUGUUGUAGAUGAAGCAUUUGCCGAACUCGAGAUGGGUUCUAAGGAUCUCUGUGCUAAGAUCGGACAGUGUUAAGAAGCUAAAAAACUGGUCGCAUUUACGAAAACGAAAAGAAAGUUGGGCUUCAAAAGGGAUCUGAAUUAAUUUUGUCAAAACUUAGAAUCUAUAGAUAUCUUUUCAUUGCAAGUUUCCCAUUUUAUCUACUAUACUGAUUCGCUAAAAUAUUUGAUAUUCAAGAUUUAUAAAUCUUCAUUAAUUCGUUAAAAAUAGAAACAAAAUAA